AGCAUAUCUACAUUUCAGUUUUGCCGGACGAGCAGGUCAACGGGACAGCUGGACCGUCUAAUCCGUUAUGCACUUUCGACCGGAUUUAUAGCUAUUAGUUUCCAAUGUUGUAAAAGAAUUACAGCAAAACCUCUUGGCUUGGAAAAAUAGAAAUAAUGUUAGCAAACCAUGGUUAAGAAAGACGUCAGUCCCUGGUCCACAGAGAAUGGUUCAAAAAGGGAAAAGACCAUUCUGACAAGACUGUGCAUAGGUCAUACAAGAAUAAUGCACAGACACCUUCUAGCAGGGAAGCGACCAGGUAGGUGCCUUGUUAUGCAAGGAUGAAAGAACGGUUGAGCACCUCUUUAAUUAUUGAUUAUUUGGAGAGCUUUAAUUAUUGUUGAAAGCUUCACUCUUAUUGGCAUUAUUUCGGAAUAUCAUUGGACUGGUGCAUAGUCUUGGGACAUGGCAGUGGGCACAGAUCACUGUUUUGGUACCUCAGGGCUAUAGGAAUUUUUAAUUGUAAUGUAGUAUUUGUGAUGUGUUUAUGUAAAUUUAUUGGAAUGACUGUAAUGUAUUAGCUGUUUUAACCCUGCCAUAAGGAGUAUUUGGGGUGAGUGUGUGUGAUGUAAAAGUGUACGUGAGGGUAAAAGUAAGUUUUAAGAAAAAUGGAGUGGGUUCCAACACGCCCCCAGGAAUAUCGAGGACUGAAGGUGAAAAGAAUAUGGUUGUAUCGAUGUUGAUGUACAUAUAUGUAUUGUAUGUUUUAUGUCUAUUCUGUAGCUGACAACCUGAAGUACAAUGAGAGGCUUGCAUUAUAGUAUAUUGACGUAUAAAUAUAAACCUAGAUAAUCAGUAACCAGAUUGAGAUGUUCAAAUGCAACUGGUGGCUUCAGGAUGCAUAAAGGGCCUGUUCUGUUUUGACAACAUAUGGCAUGCUGUUGACAGCGAAGGAGUUCUAUACAGCUUAAAAAAGGAUAGAGUCCAAGAUGAUUAUGACGAUGAUCUAUUUGGAGAUUCGCCCAAAUACCUUUUGCACUGGGAACUUCAAACGAUUCGUAAAUUAAUUGACAAAGGGGAGAUCUUGGCAUGUUGCCAGAUCAAUAAUGGCAUUGCGUUAGUUGUCCAAGAAGAUAAUAAUGUUAUAUUAAAAGUACACUAUCUAAAUGAUCAAAACGCUCAAAAAGAAGUUACAAUACACAAGUACAAUGGACCGUUGAUUAAAAGACAUCAGGGUACUCAUAUUACUUUUAUAGAUGAAGAAAAUGUGAGGGUUGACUUUUUAAGACAUUGGCUUCCAGAGAACAGCUAUGUUUCAGGAAGUGUUCUCAUUAUUACCCUCCCUGAGACGAUCACCUGCUCACUUUUCCUAAAUGGACAUGUCUUAAAACCAUAUUUUUUCUUUAGCUGGCCAUUUCAGGCAGUGCAUAUGGCUUGGACUAGUUUAACACUACAAGGUGGUGAAUCUUCACGAUAUCUUGUUAUUUCAUUUGUUGGUGGAAGUAUUGCUGCUUUGGGGCCAUAUGGAGAGCACACGUUGCAUUACCCACUUAAUAACGUCAAAAACGUUUACAUCUUCAAAACGAAUCUUUUCAGUACUAACUUCUGUGAUUGUUACACAACCACCUUGUCUAAGAAGUGUGAAGGUGUUAUGAUCCCUAUCAAAGGUGCGGUUGGGUUUUGCAAAAUACCAAAUUCAAACAACAUCCUUAUUUCCACGAGGCAUAGGGCACUUUACAACUUCAACCCCGCGAUUAACAAGGAAGUGAAAAAAUUUAAAAUGCCCCACUUAUCAAUUUUCGACCAGCUGUUACAAUCUGCUGAAUAUCUUGAACAACUCUCUGAAGAUAUUGGAUGCCAUGACAGAUAUAUUAACGCGAUGGCAUACAGUGCAAAUUGUCAAAAUUUUAAAUUUUAUAUAAGCGUUCAAACAGUUUCAAUUGCAGGAAAUUUACACACAUUCAGAGUACUUAUUGAGACAGAAACCCCAGGCAUAAAGUUUCCAGCCACUGUCUGGCAUUUGGCUUUAUCUGUAUCAUCGUCCGACAUAAACGAAUCUUUGGUACAGGAACUUCAAUCAGAUUUUUCUAAAGAAAAGCCGCUUGAACAAUUAUGCAAUGUAUCAAUUCAUGGGAAUGAUCGUUUUUUGGAAAUAGAUGCCUCCCUCACAUCAUUUCUCUCUGCUGGAAAAUACAGGCCAACAAUUUAUAUUGGGAAGAGGAAUCUCAAUAUCACAUAUUUUUUACAGUCGGUAUCGACAAUUCCAUUUCACAGGUUGCACUUGUCUAAAAAUGUCAGUAUAAAAGAUUUUUUGAACUCAUUGAAAUCCAAGGAAAACACAGAUUCCAAAGAACAUCAGGAAGAACAAAAUCAGAGCUUUUGUACAGUUCGAGUGCCAAUUAAGAAGAGCAAGUUGAAAUCAGAAAUUUUGAUACAAUUAGUAAAUAAUUCAAAAUCAUUGUGGAGAGCAGCCGAGUGGGAUUCAGUCGGCACUGCAAAUCUCCUAGAGCUGGCAGUUGGUGGGAAAAUCGCUUCUGUUGAGCUGAAAGACUCGUUUAUUGAAAUAAAAUGCAAUGAAAUCCACAUAUGCUACCAAUUGAAAUUGGCCAUAAUACAACUCCUGUCUUUGAACCUCAAAGUUGAGGGGAAUGAAACUGUUUUGAUGGAAGUCGAGAAUAUAUUGAAAACAUUGGAAAUCCUUGAGUACCAAAAGGAUGAAAUCGAUGUCCAAUUGCUGAAGAAAUUAUUUAUUAGGAAGAACACACUUAUUUCCGAUAAAGUCUUUCAAGUCGAAACUAAAUUUUCUACUAUUCAGAAAAAAAAACAUGAUUAAAAAUGCAAAUAUGAAAAAAAUACUAGUAAUAUCACACAUUCUGAAAUAUUAUAGUCGGAAUCAAGAAUAUGACAAAUUUUGCGUUGUAUCAUCAAACUAUUGAAUUUGAAAGUUAGUACUUUUCAGAAGAAUAAAAAAGGCUUUUAGUAGUGAAUCUUGAAAACAACCAUUCUUAUAAAUGUCCUAUGCAUUUUGGAAUUGAGAUUUUUUAAUUUAUUUAAGAUUUACUGUUAAAGAAAGUUUUUUUUUCACAUAUCAUAGUUUGACAUGGUAGCAACGAGAUGUACACUGUAAAAUAAUGUAAUUUUAUUAUU